UUUUAAUCUCUCAUCCGCAGCAACUAGUUUUGAGCAUGAACAACGACAGCAUGGACCCAGAGCAGAUUAGAACAUUGGCUCAGCAACUGGCUCAACGGCUCAUUGCGAUGCGACAGACGCAUCAUAAUCCCAUUCAACAUCCUGGGUCUCAUUUAAGUGACAUUCCUCAGAGUCAAACUGAGAUGAUUCCAACGACGAGUUCAGACACCAAUAUCUCUCAGCUUACCUUCCAAUUGAACAGUUUACAGACUCAAGAUGGACUAAUAAACCAAACGCCUCCUUCACCGUCAUUGACGUCAAUAGCAACAGACCCGACUAUAAAGGAAGUCCAAGUUAAUACUGAUGCUGAUCAAUACGCCUCAGUUCCUGACCCGUCUGUUUACGAAAUGGAUUUUAUAAAUACUUAUCUACGCACCAACGCGUUAGUCCUCGCAUUCGAAGAGACACAGCUUUUGGAACAUGCUUGUGAGCAAAUACCCAUCGACAAGCUCGUUAAUGAGGCAGAAGCAAUGGUCAAAGAUUACCCAAACGAUAGUACAGAUGAUAUUAUAAUCAGGCGUCUUUUGCAUUGGUUCAAGAAUGAAUACUUCACAUGGGUGAAUGAACCUCCUUGCGCUAGUUGCCAGGGGAAGACAGUUGCUAUGGGACAUACCACCCCGACAGCUCAGGAAAGACAGGACGGCGCAGGGAUAGUUGAGACAUAUCGCUGCACUCAGGCUUGCCCUACUAUAACUCGAUUCCCGCGGUAUGGGAUGCCUAGAAUCCUAUUCAGUACACGUCGAGGACGAUGUGGAGAAUGGGCCAAUUGCUUUACGGUUUGUUGCAGAGCAUUAGGAUAUAGCACACGAUAUGUACAUGAUACAACAGAUCAUGUUUGGACUGAAGUCUGGAGUGUCCACAAGAAGCGAUGGAUCCAUUGCGAUGCAUGUGAGGCUGCGUAUGAUCAGCCACUGCUUUACUCGACCGGAUGGGGGAAGUCCCUGAGCUACUGUGUUGCAUUUUCAGCCGAAGAAGUUGUCGAUGUUACUAAACGCUACACAGUUGAUUACGACACUGCUGUCGUUAAAAGACGAAAAUCGAUUCGAGAGCCUGUUUUAGCAAAGUUUUUGCAUCUUUUAUCCGAAUCGAAUUUGGCAAAACUGAAGUUAGAUACAACAGAAAUACAAUCUAUUCGAGAUAGACAAAGUUUGGAAGCUGAGGAGCUUUCUGGAAGACAUGGCGAUAACCGGACUAUUGAGACACAAGAACGAGAGAGUGGAUCAGACGAAUGGACCAGAGCCCGGGGUGAAAGGCGAUGAGUAAGGGGGUAUCGAUACGAGCGAUAUUACAUUUGCUCUUGGACAACACCAAGUAAACACGGAUAUAAAGAGGGAAAGACGAGGCCCUGUAAAGUAAUAGUAUUGAAUAAAGCGCUGUAGUUUCAGCUGUUGUAUCCCGGAUGCCUUUCCAUAAGUGC